AUGUUGGACUUUUUCGAAAUAUGUAAGUCGAAGAAGGGACAGAAAGUGUUUGUAUCUGCUGCUUGUGGAUCGGUUGGAAAUUUGGUGGGUCAAUACGCAAAAAUAUCAGGCUGCUAUGCGGUAGGAAGUGCUGGAAGCAACGAUAAGGUAGCAUUGCUCAAGGAGAAGCUUGGUUUUGAUGAUGCAUUCAAUUACAAAGAAGAAACCGAUCGAUUUGAAGUCCACACUCGAAAGGUCAGCAAGAUUGAAAGUAAAACGUUAAGCUUAUAA